GUGAAACCAUUACUGAGCUAGCUCCCCAGAGAAUAGUCUUGUCUAAAUCUCUAAAUGGUGAAAUUGUCUGAAAAUGACCAUGGAGAAAUCCUAGAAAACAGAAAAUAACAGGAGGAUGUCUUAUUGGGAAAUACCCCAGUCAACUUCACCAUGAGUCAAACAAGGAAGAAAACUUCCUCAGAAGGAGAAACUAAGCCCCAGACUUCAUCUGUCAACAAAUUUCUCAGGGGCUCCAAAGCUGAAAGCAGAAAAGAGAACAAUGACCUUAAAACAACUGAUUCCCAACCCAGCAACUGGAUACAGAAGACAGCCCCCUCAGAGACUGCUAAGCCUCUCAGUUCAGAAAUGGAAUUGAGAUCCAGUAUGGAGAAAUACGAGCAGUUCCUGCAGAAGCUGGGCAAAAAGGCUGUCAACAAGUGUCUAGAUUUGAAUAACUGUGGAUUAACAACAGCAGACAUGAAAGACAUGGUUGCCUUGCUGCCUUUUCUCCCAGACUUGGAAGAACUGGAUAUCUCCUGGAAUGAUUUCGUAGGUGGAACCCUCCAUUCUAUCACUCAGCAAAUGCAUCUGGUCAGCAAGUUAAAAAUCUUGAGGCUGGGUAGCUGCAGACUCACCACUGACGACGUUCAAGCACUGGGAGAAGCACUUGAGAUGAUUCCUGAACUUGAAGAGCUAAAUUUGUCUUGGAACAGUAAAGUGGGAGGAAAUUUGCCUCUGAUCCUUCAGAAGUUCCAAAAAGGGAGCAAGAUACAAAUGCUUAAGCUUGUGGAUUGCACCCUCACGUCGGAAGAUGGGACAUUUCUGGGUCAACUGCUACCUAUGCUGCAAAGUCUUGAAGUACUUGAUCUUUCCAUUAACAGAGACAUUGGUGGCAGUCUGAACAGUAUUGCUCAGGGAUUAAAAAGCACGUCAAAUCUGAAAGUACUGAAGUUACAUUCAUGUGGAUUAUCACAAAAGAGUGUCAAAAUAUUGGAUGCCGCUUUUAGGUAUUUGGCUGAGCUGAGGAAAUUAGAUCUUUCCUGCAAUAAGGAUCUAGGUGGAGGUUUUGAAGACUCGUCGGCUCAGUUGGUCAUGCUAAAGCAUCUGCAAGUCCUAGAUCUUCACCAGUGUUCACUAACAGCAGAUGACGUGAUGUCACUGACCUUUGCUCUUCUAGCCUGGAAAGGAGCUUGGAAGCAAGAAAGCCCAAGCAGCAUGCUGGGAAGAUGGCUGGUUUGCGCCCAGGUCAUUCCUUUACUCUCAAAUCUUCAAGAACUGGAUUUAUCAGCCAACAAAAAGAUGGGCAAUUCUUCUGAAAACUUACUCAGCAGGCUCCGAUUUUUACCAGCAUUGAAGUCGUUAGUUAUUAACAACUGUGCUUUGGAGAGUGAGACUUUUACAGCUCUCGCUGAAACCUCUGUUCACCUCUCUGCUCUGGAAGUAUUCAACCUUUCUUGGAACAAGUGUGUUGGUGGCAACUUGAAGCUACUUCUGGAAACACUAAAGCUUUCCAUGUCUCUUCGAGUGCUGAGGCUGAGCAGCUGUUCCCUGGUGACAGAGGACGUGGUUCUCCUGGCAUCGGUCAUACAGAUGGGUCAUCUGGCCAAACUGCGAAAGCUGGACCUGAGCUACAAUGACAGCAUCUGUGAUGCAGGGUGGACCAUGUUCUGCCAAAACGUGCGGUUCCUCAAAGAGUUAAUCGAGCUGGAUAUUAGCCUUCGACCAUCAAAUUUUCGAGAUUGUGGACAAUGGUUUAGACACUUGUUAUGUGCUGUGAUCAAACUUCCUCAGAUCACAGAGAUAGGAAUGAAAAGAUGGAUACUCCCAGCUUCACAGGAGGAAGAACUAGAAUGCUUUGACCAAGAUAAAAAAAGGAGCAUUCACUUUGACCAUGGUGGGUUUCAGUAAGCUGACUUCCCACAUCCUAAUAAGCUACAAACCAUUCUCCAAAGGAAAAGAACAUGAACGAAUUCCAGUGUCAUGAACUGAAUAUCAACUUCUGGGCCAUUUAAUGGGACUUAUAUUACAAGAGCUUUGUAAAUAUAUGUAUAUAAUAUCUAAUAUAAGCAUGCCAUUAUUCUCUGUCUCAUGAAACAAAGACGGCAUUUUUCAAUGGAUUUGUUUUGGAUAUAUAAUUAGUUCAUUUACUGUUUAGAAGCCUUGCCAAAAGCGUUUAGAUUCUGGUACUGCAACUGCUUUUCUCUUGCCCAGAAAUGUUGUGCCUCUUCUUUUCCUACAAGUUAAAUGUUCUAAAUAUAAGGGUGUGCGUGAGUGUGUGUGUGUGAUUCUAAUGUGAAAGGCACUAGCUGUCUAAGAGUUUCAUGUAUCAUUACUAUCACUAUAUGUAUCUUAAUGUGGUCUAUGUAGGUUUUUAUCAGAAAGUGUACCCUUCUAUGGUUUAUUAUUUUAUGUUCUGGUGCCUUUUAUCUCAGAUACAAACCAUGAACAAUAAUGAUAGUCACCGACAUAUAAAUCUUAGUAAAAAGUGUUUGAAAAUUUAAAACUCACCGUGAAAAACACAUCUUGUUAAAAUACAUUAAAACUUCUUUUUAUUGUUUAAAAAA